UAUAUUAAAAUGGAUGAUACAAAGCCAUGGGGCUAUAAAUGGCGUUCAUCUCGACUGUUGGUGGUUUCGUCCAUCACAGUUGCCUUAUUCGCAGAGACAUUUCUCUAUGGAUUUCUUACUCCGAUCUUGAGUUAUAUGCUUGAAGAACGACUGCAUCUGGAUUCAUCACAAACUCAGACGUACACCACAGCAUUGCUCACCACCCAUGGGUUCAUUGGUCUCGUCUCUGCUCCGAUUGUCGCUCACCUUGCUGAGAAGACUUCGAGCCAAAAGAAACCACUAUUGAUCGCUUUGGCAGGAUGUUUUGUGGGAACUCUGAUUAUUGCUCUUGCCCCAUCUGUUUGGGUACUCUUCGUUGGUCGCAUCCUGCAAUCUAUGGCGGGUGCCGCUACUUGGGUGGUUGGAUUUGCUCUUUUGGCAAACAAUGUGGACAAGAAAAACCUCGGACAGUCGAUGGGGAUGGCCAUGUCAUUUGUAACUGCAGGAAUGGUUGGCGGACCAACAGUGAGUGGCGCAAUGCUUCAGCUAUUUGGCUACUGGGCCGCCUGGUCACUUCCCUUGGUGGUACUUGUCUUGGAUAUCGUUGCCCGUCUGGUCAUGAUUGAGCCUGCUCGAAAAUCCCCCAAAGCUGCUGGCAAGUCAGUUCUCAACAAUGACGCGAGCCCAGAAGAAUCGACUGCUCUACUUUCUGAUACACCGGCUACAGCCAGACCGGACGAUAGUACAGUGGAGAACAAGCACGAUCUCAAACAUGAAUACUACAGAGUUAUGCUCUCCGAUCCACGUGUUUUGACUGCAUUGGCCAACGUUAUUGUUGUCUCCUCUCUCAUGUCUGGCAUUAACAACACUCUCCCUGUUCACCUGAGACAAGCAUUCGGCUGGAAGAGUUUGCUCAUUAGUAUGAUGUUCUUCUGCCUCCAAGUGCCGAACAUUGUUCUCAGUGGCCCAUCUGGGUGGCUUCGCGAUCGGAUUGGAAUACGGGGACCUACCGUUUUCGGUUGGCUCGCAAUGAUCCCUCUCAUCUUACUUCUGGGGAUUCCUGGAGACCCCCACUUCCCAUGGGCCGGAGGAGAUGCCGCUGGCAAGUCGAUCUUUACCAGCAGUUUGAUUGCUUUGGGUAGUAUUCUACCUCUUGUGCGUGGAGUAGGAGCCGUACAACUGGCCUAUGUUGUGAAGGACAUGGAAGCUAAAGACGCGCAUAUGUUCGAGGCCAACAGAAGCAACCUGCGAGUCUUUUCUAUGACUGAAGUCGGAUUUAGUCUCGGUAUGAUGCUUGGGCCUUUGUUGACCGGCUCGUUAUUCGAAUUAGUUGGCUUCUUUUACAUGACUGUGGCACUAGCUAUUACUUGCCUCAUCCAGGCCGCAAUUUCCUGGAGUUGGUUGGAUACCUUGCCUGGUCCAGAAGCUCCCGAAGCUUCGGUUUAA